AGAUCCAUGUGUUUCAAUAGAGAAAGUAAGUAGCUAGAUUUUAGGGCGGAGAUAAUAUAAUACCAGAACCACCUUUCUCUCUCACUCUGUUUUCAUUUUUUUUUUUCUUUUUUUUCUUUCUUUUGGCCUUUUCUUGAGCACUUCAGUUUCUGGAGAGAGAUCAAUCUAGUGAAUAUGGGAAGACCUCCUUGCUGUGACAAAAUUGGUGUCAAGAAAGGACCGUGGACGCCGGAGGAAGAUAUCAUUCUUGUCUCUUACAUUCAAGAACAUGGUCCUGGAAAUUGGAGAGCAGUUCCCACUAAUACAGGCUUGCUUAGAUGCAGCAAGAGCUGCCGGCUCCGGUGGACUAAUUAUCUCCGACCGGGUAUUAAGCGUGGUAACUUCACUGAGCAAGAAGAGAAGAUGAUAAUCCACCUCCAAGCUCUUUUAGGCAACAGAUGGGCAGCUAUAGCUUCAUACCUUCCACAGAGGACAGAUAAUGACAUAAAAAAUUACUGGAACACCCAUUUAAAGAAGAAGCUGAAGAAGCUCCAGACAGGGCAAGAUGGAGAUAAUCAAGAUGGGAUUUCUUCAUCCUUCCCGUUAAUCUCGAAAGGUCAGUGGGAAAGACGGCUUCAGACAGAUAUCCACAUGGCGAAGCGAGCCUUGUCGGAGGCUCUGUCCAUGACCAACGCCGACUCAUCAAAGGAUUCCUCCACCAAUAUUUUCUCUCAUCCUCACACGACGCUGCCGUACCAGGCAUCCAACUAUGCAUCAAGCACUGAGAACAUAUCCCGGUUGCUUGAAAACUGGAUGAAAAACAAGAACCCUCUUAAAUCUGCUGCAGCCACUGCCGGGUCCAGCUCCAGCGAAGGGGCACUCAGCUGCCCCUUCAGCUUCAACUCUUCCAAUUCUGAUGCGUCUCUUGGGUCUUCUACCUCCGUGGAGGAGGCAGCCAAUUUGACACCGGAAAACAGCAUCUUCCAAGAUGAAAGCAAGCCGAAUAUGGAGGGUGAGGUGCAGCUGACAAUGCUAGAGAAGUGGCUGCUGGAGGAUGGGUCGGGUCUGGGUCUGGGUCAGGGUCAUGGUCAUGAAGGCUUAGUGAAUAUGUCUUCGGAAGAUGGUGAAGGGUUGUUCUAAACGGUAUUAAUAUCUAGGAAUCUAGGAAAUUAAGCUGCUUUUUUUUUUUUUUUUGGUUUUUGUCUAUUUGGGUAUGUUAGGGCUCUAGUAGCUGAUAAAAACCCUGUUUAUGG